AUGCAGGUUUGCCAGGAAGGAAACCUGUGGUGCCAAGCCCGCCCUGACUCCGAGUCCAGUGCUCUUUGCACCACCAAAGCGACUGUUCCACAGUCAGCACGGAGGCCAUGGCCAAGCGCCACCUCGUCCGGCCCCGGCUCAGCGCCUCCCCCAACCGCUCCGGGCCCUAGCGACAUAGCUCCGGCGCCCAUUCCAGCGCGGGCCCUAGUGAGACCUCCCGAACCGAGUGUUUGGGAGCUCGGGGGCGGGGGCGCCCAGCAGGAACCUCCCCCUCCCUUCCACUGCUGCGGCCCCGCCCGGGCGCGCACCACCAGAUCCCGAGCUCCCCACCCGCUGCAGCCCCGGCCGGGGCGGGGCGGGGCCGGGGGCGGUGCGCAGACGGCUGGGACUCCCUCCAGCUCCGCGCCGGCAGCUCCGCGGCCAUGGGGGCGCGGCUGGGCCGGCGGACCGGACCCGAGGCGGGCUCGGAAGCCGGGGCGGCGGCGGGGUGCGGGCCCGCGCCCUUUGAGCGCCGGGUGCGCUGGCUCCGCGAGAUCCAGUCCACGCUCCGUGAGCGGCGGCCCGAGCGCGCCCGGCAGCUACUGCGCCUCCUGCGCCAGGCGAGAGAAGGAGCGGGCCGGCCCGGGGCUGGAGGACCUGGGCCUCGAGGGGACCCUCCUCACCGACAUCCUCUACAGGAAUGUGGCCUUCCUCAAUCUGGUGGACCCCAUCUCCCACGACCUGCUUGUGAACCUGGCCCGGGACCUGCAGUGCCCCAAAACGGACUAUGAGCUCUGGAAGUCCUCAGAUAAGAUCUGCCGCCAGCUCAUCUACCACCUCACCCCUCACUCCAAGCGGCAGCGAGGGUCCAGCCUGCCCCGGAGGAAAACUCAGAGCUGCCUCAAGAGCAGUCUCCAGAUGACUCAGCUGGCGGGGGAGACCGUGAACCUCUCGGGGAUCCCACUAUCCGCACGGGACGUGCAACACAUUACCCGCUACCUGCGAAGCCAGGGAGCCGGUCUUACGGUGCUGGACCUGAGCUUCACGGGGCUGAGCGAUGAGCUCUUGCGCCUGCUGCUGCCCAGCCUCUGGUCACUACCCCACCUCACCCAGCUCCUGCUCAACGGCAAUAGGCUGACAAGGGCCACUGCGCGCGAGCUCACCGAGGCCAUCAAGGACUCUGCCAAGUUCCCCGCGCUGGCCUGGGUGGACCUGGGCAACAACGUGGACGUGGCUUCCUUGCCCCAGCCCCUGCUGGUCGGCCUGCGCCGGCGGCUCAGCCAGCGCACCUCACUCCCCACCAUCUACGAGGGCCUGGACCUUGAGCCUGAGGGUGGCGUGUCUGGGGCCAGCUCUGCUGCCUCCACCUGGGGUUCUGCAGCCACUGGGCCAGGGUCUGAGCCCCAGGACUGCUGCACGAGGUGACCCACCACCCAUCUCCCACAGAGGGCCAAUGCUCCUAGGCAUGGGGGAUGGGGGCGAUGGAGGCCCUCCAGGCCUCCAGGGAUCCAGCGUAUGUGCUCGGCCUGGGAUGGAGCAUCAGGCUUCCCUCAGCAGGGAGCACCCAGCACCUGCUGGGCCCAUCCUGCAGUAAAUGAUGAUGCCCUCCUCUGCCUCAGCCUUUCUGCACCAUGGACCUCAGGGCCACUUAGUGCCAGCCAUGCUUUUGGAGUUGGGAGAAGGGGUGGCCAAAGCGUCACCUGAAAGAGAGGGACCGAGCUCACACUGACUUCCUCCAGGUGCUCCCUGGGCAGACACCCAGGUGUGGGGUCGGGUCCAUCUGUGGGCUGGGGAGUUAGAGGAGGCCGCCAGGGACCUGACCAUCACAUCUGUGUGGGGCCUGGAGAGGAGCAAGUGGGGAGGCCACAGAGGGGCAAAGGUCAGAAUAGAGCCCCACAGUAAUCUUGUGCCUGAGCCCAGAACAAGGGGCUGGGGACAAGACUGCACUGAUAGGAGGCAAGGUUCAUCUCCCGCAGGUUGAGUGCUGCCCACCACCCCUAGUACCAACCCACAAGGCUCCCUGUACCUAGUGGGUAACUCUGUGGGGUUAGAAGAUACCUGAGACCAGAGACAAAGAGUUUGUGUGUUCCCUCCAGGGCCUGAAGGCCCAUGGGCACAGUCCUUCCCUCUAGUGGACCCCAAGAAAGCGCGCAGGAGGUGGAGGUGGGCCCAACCAGGAGCAAGAGAUUGGGGGUGGAGUGUUCCUAGGGUUGCCCCAGGGGUAGCUGUUCCCAGCAGGGAGCUAUCUUCCCUCCCCCCAAGGACCAUCAGGGCAGGCUCCAGAUCAGAGCCUAAAGCCAUGGUUGCCCCACCCCUCCCCCAGUGUUGUGUGGAGGGCUAGAGUACAGCCCAGCUAGGAGUUGGGCAGGGCAAAGACAAGGAAGAAAUUUAAAGAGGUCCUAGGGGAAACUGAGUCUCAGAGUGGGAAAGCCAGCGGCCCAAGUCUCCCAUUCAGAGCCAGGUCAGGUCUGGGGCAGUGGGGAUCCUCACAGAUGAGGAGAGACCUGAUGGGGGAGAGAAGGGCCCCAGGCCAAAGAGAAGGUGGGGCUCCUCCCUGGGCCUGCAUACCCAGGCCCACCAACUGACCUUCCUCCACAGUUGCGCCCAUGGGGGGACCAUGAGUCAGCACGGAUUCUAGGUCGGCCAGAUAUACAACAGCCUCUUGGGCCAGAAAUGAGAUGGCCAAGAAGGGUGAGGAUGGCACGGUGCUCUGUCCUAGGACCAGGCAAGAUGUGGGGAAGAAGAAAGCACCCUCUGUUGCUACCCGCCCACCCCGAGAACAGGCCCCUGCCAGCCUGCCUGCUUUUGGAGGAACCCCUAUCUGGAGGUGGUGGGAAGGGUGUGAAAACACCAGGUUCAGCCCAGCUCUGCUUCUGACUUGCUGUUGGGACCUGGCCAGGGCCUCCUCUCUCCCGGCCUUGGGGUUCUCCUUUUCCCCUCUGUGUUAAAUAGGGCUGGCUCUCCAUAGUCCCUUCCAGCUCUCAGCCCUCCAUCCUGGGGCCCUCUCAGUCCUCCUUGUUUUAAAAACAUGGGCCUGCCCAUUGGCUUGGGAGCCACAGAAGCGUCUCUGGUGCCCUCACUCCAGAACAAGGGGCUCAGGCUCCCCAGAGCAAGGCAAAGAGGAAUGGGAGGUGAAAGGGGCCAGCGGAGAGGAGAAAGAUGGAGAAGCCAGCUUUGUACUGGGCAGGCUGAUAAGUCCGUCACAAGCAAGCAGCCGUGUUCUCCUGUGAUUCCUUGCUGGAGAGACGCCAAGCUCUCUGUUCCCCCCCGCCGCCUUCCUGCUCCCCUUGCUCCCUGCCCACCAUUGGCCCCAGUCCAGCCCACAAACCUGCAACGUCGCUGCUGGGAGAGACUCCUACCAGAAUGGUGUGACGACCUGAGCAGGGUGUCACCAGGCGAGCUCUGGGAGAAUUCAGGCGGCGGCAGCUGGUCUCAAUCUCCCCGCCUCUCAGACGGAGGCACGCGAUGCAAUAGCUGAGCUUGAGCAUAAACCAGCUCAAGAGAAGAGGGUUGGCCUUGUUGCCAGGCAGGUGUCCACAGCCCCUUCAUGGGCCCUGCCGUCAGGGCCUCAUGGCCACCGGCUACACUACAGGCAGGGACACUGCAGGAGGAGGGGGCUUAUGCCUUGAAGGUUGGUGGGCUCCAGCCUGAGUUCCAGACCCAAGAGGCAGCAGAUGGGCCUGCCCCAGGCCCAGCUUGGAGGCAGUUAGGCUCUGCUGGUCGCAGUCCUGUCACCCAUGGUGGUGUCCUCUUGGGGCCUGUUCCUUCAUCUUGGGAACUAGGUGAACCAAGCCCCCCCCCGUUAUCUUGAUGGAGAGAGCAUGACAAGGUCUGGAAAGUGCCUGCUGCAUGGGGGAAGGGAGGUACAGGGCAGGCCCUCUUCAGCGUCACCGGGGCCUCCACCCUGGGCUCCCUGGCUGGGAAUGGCAGGGGCCCAGACCCUCAGGACUAGGCAGAGCUGAAGCCCUUUAUUUAGAGAGAGCGCUCCUGUAGCCUUUCCAUGGGCCAGGUACUGUUCUGAUGGCUUCACACUCCUUGAAUUCUCUUCACACUUACAGGUAAGGAGCUGACACAGGGAGAGGUUAAGUGAUCCGUCUAAGGUGAAGAGCUAGAAACUGGAGGAGCCGGGGUGUGAGCCAGGAGGCCCGCCUUAUCUGUGAUGCUAACGCCUGCCUGAUGCUGCCUGUCCCACAGCUAUCCGAGGGGCUGAGGAUUUGACACAGGAGACCACAGGGUUUGAUGGCGGGUGUCCUGUAGUGGGAGAGACCCUCAGCCGCACUCCCCCUAGCACAAGACCAAUCAGGAGCUCUCUGAGCCUGUUUCUUUGCAUGCAGAAUGGGUGGAGAGGGGAGCGGUGAGGACCCAGGCUUUGCCCUUCUCCAGGAUUGAAAGGGACAGAUGGGGAGUGGGUUCCGAAGUACUCAAAGGGCUGAAUGAAGCCUAGCCCUGUACUCGGGGGCGGGGGUGGGGGGUGGCAUGUAGUAUCAACUCCCACUUCUGAAAGUCUGCCUGGGACAACUGUAGGUGCCUUCCCCUCCCUGGGCAUCAGCCUCCUCAAGUCUAAACCUGCCUUGCCAGGAUGUUCAGAGCAUCAAAGGGAGACAUGUAGGUAAGACACCUGUGCUCCACAGGACCUCUGUGACCAACACUUGGGAACUUCUUUUCUGUCCCGGAAGGGAGAAUAUUUGAGCCCAGAUAAGGUGCAUCUGAUAUGAGUUUACAGCAAAUGUCAGCCUCUGCUGAGUCUUCAUCUUAAAAAUCCAAAAUCUCUGGCAGCUGAACCCAGUGGUUGAUAUCAGCCUAGCACAGAGGUUUUUCUCUGGGUUCUGGAAGGAGAGGAAGAUACACUUCCUCCUCUCUCUUAGGGAUAGUUGCCAAUCAUCAGUGAAAACCAGUAUUUCCUUUCCCAACUGUAUACUUCAAUUUUAAUUUCUUAAAACUGUAUUUUUAAUUUUUAAUUUUUUAAAGAGACCUUAUGUAUUUAUUUGUCAGAGAGAGCGAGUGCACAAGCAGAGGGAGCG